AUGGCGAGCGAACGAACUAACGAGCGAUUGAACGCUCGGCUCGGGCUCGCAGGAAACGCCGCCGACAUGGGCUGUGCCAAGAGCAAGGACAGCGACGAGUCGUCGGCCGUGGACUGCCGGCAAGAUGCGCACGCCGGCAACGAGCGCUGCCGCUACGGCGCGGGCAACGCCUACAUCGUGCAGAACAGCUGCGCCGUCCCGCAGAUGUCGAGCCCCGGCACUUACCAGGGCGCCAACAUCUCGUGCCCCACGCAGCCCAGCGGAAUGAUGAUGGGCGGCUCCAUGAUGCCCUUCACGGGCACGCUGUCCAGCCAGCGCAGCCACUACCAAGAGGGAGUCACGUUCUUCGUGGCCCUGUUCGACUACAAUGCGAGGACCCCUGAGGACCUGAGUUUCAAGAAGGGCGAGAAAUUUCAAAUAAUCAACUCGGACGAUGACUGGUGGACGGCCAGCUCGAUGUCGUCCGGCCUCACGGGGUACAUCCCCAGCAACUACGUCGCUCCUGCGGGAUCCGUGCAGGCCAAAGAGUGGUUCUUCGGGAAGCUGACGCGGAAGGACGCCGAUCGCUGUCUCAUGGACCCCGCGAACCCCAUCGGGACGUUCCUCAUCCGCGAGAGCGAGACCACUCAAGGAGCCUACUCGCUCUCCAUCCGGGACUACGAUCCCAUCAAGGGAGACACCGUGAAGCAUUACAAGAUCCGGAGGCUGGACUCUGGCGGCUUCUACAUCACCAACCGGAUCCACUUUGCCCACAUUCACCAGCUGGUGGAGCACUACGCCAAUGUGGCGGAUGGGCUCUGCGGGAGGCUCGUCAAGCCCUGCCCUGUCUUCGUGCCGCAGACCCAGGGCCUGUCCAAGGACGCGUGGGAGAUCUUACGCGAGUCGCUCACGCUCGACGUCAAGCUCGGCUCCGGCUGCUUUGGCGAUGUGUGGCUUGGCACGUGGAACGGCUCGACGCAGGUGGCGGUGAAGACGCUGCGCGCCGGCACCAUGUCGCCCACGGCCUUCCUGGACGAGGCGCAGGUCAUGAAGAAGCUGCGGCACGACAAGCUGGUGCAGCUCUACGCCGUGGUGUCCCAGGAGCCCAUCUACAUCGUCACCGAGUACAUGAACAAAGGAUGCCUCCUGGACUUCGUCAAGUCUGGGGAAGGGAGCAUGCUUAAGCUCAUUCAGCUCAUGGACAUGGCAGCCCAGAUCUCGUCGGGCAUGGCGUACAUCGAGAAGAUGAACUACGUGCACAGGGAUCUGCGCGCCGCCAACAUCCUGGUCAAGGACAACUUGGUGUGCAAGAUCGCCGACUUCGGCCUCGCCCGCCUCAUCGAGGACAACGAGUACUCGGCGCAGCAAGGAGGAAAGUUCCCCAUCAAGUGGACCGCGCCAGAGGCUGCGCUGCACGGCCACUUCACCAUCAAGUCCGACGUGUGGUCGUUCGGCGUGCUGCUCACCGAGCUGGUCACCAAGGGGCGCAUCCCCUACCCUGGCAUGAUGAACCGCGAGGUUCUGGGCAAUGUGGAGCAGGGGUACCGCAUGCCCUGCCCGCAGGACUGCCCCGACUCCCUGUACGAGCUCAUGCUGCUGUGCUGGCGGAAGGAGCCCGAGCAGCGCCCCACGUUCGAGUACCUGCAGUCCUUCCUCGAAGACUACUUCACGGCCACGGAGCCGCAAUACCAGCCCGGAGAAAACCUCUAG